UAAAGCACUUCCGCUGUGUUCCACGUUAGAGGCUCGCGAGAGGUUGUAUCAGUCAGAUUAAAAACAACCGCGCUGUGGUUUCAACGCCGUUUUAACGACAAAUCUAAGCAUCAGCAAGCGGCUCUGAUCGCCGAGAUCUUUCCUCUGUUAAAGUAAUCGCAGUAAUAUCGCAUGUCCAACAUACAGAACCUCCAGUCCUUCGAUCCCUUUGCUGAUGCCACUAAGGGUGACGACUUGCUCCCGGCUGGGACUGAGGAUAAGAUCCACAUAAGGAUUCAGCAACGGAACGGCCGCAAAACGCUGACCACAGUGCAAGGCAUCUCGGAUGAAUAUGAUAAAAAGAAGCUUGUAAAAGCCUUUAAAAAGAAAUUUGCCUGCAAUGGUACAGUGAUUGAACACCCGGAGUAUGGAGAGGUGAUUCAGUUACAGGGGGACCAAAGGAAGAAUAUCUGUCAGUUUCUGCUGGAGAUCAACAUCGUAAAGGAAGAGCAGCUGAAGGUUCACGGGUUUUAAAAUGCUGGCCCCUCCAGGGCUUUCUAAAGGACCGCACCAGCAUGUAGCAAUCCUAGUAUACUCAUGGCAGGGUUUUUGUGACCAUAUGCUGACAGCAGGGUAAAACCGUUUGUUUUUUGCAAUCAUUUCAAGCUCGACUCUAUUUAACGACCUCAAGUGGACCACUAAUUCCAGGCUGGUCUGAAUUACAUACUGAAUCCAUGUUGCUGAUGCUCGUGAAAGUUUUAUGAUAGAUGCACUCCGUUGCACGAUAUGUUUUUAUCAAGGACAAUAAAGUUAUGUGACUUUGCAAA